AGUCGGGUGGGCGGGGCGAUGCGGGUGCGAGUGCGGAGCUGGCACGGGGUUGCCUCUUGGCUGUGGGUGGCAAACGACGAGAACUGCGGGAUCUGCCGUAUGGCGUUCAACGGGUGCUGCCCCGACUGCAAGGUGCCCGGCGAUGACUGCCCGCUGGUGUGGGGGCAGUGCUCACACUGCUUCCACAUGCACUGCAUCCUCAAGUGGCUGAAUGCGCAGCAGGUGCAGCAGCACUGCCCCAUGUGCCGUCAGGAGUGGAAGUUUAAGGAGUGAGGACUCCCGUCACUCUCUACAGGUGCUGUGUGUGAUGGAUGUGGCCCCUGAGCCACGGAGCUGCCAGGUUCUGCCGGAUGCCCCAGGCACACUCCAGUGCAAGGCAGACAUCACCGUGUCCCUGGAUCCCAUGGAAUGUGCGGGUGUCUGAGCCAGUGGCUCUGUGGAGA